GGAACAUUCAUAACUGCAUUUAUCUUUAAUUACGCGUUAACUACUCUUCACCACCCCCCGAGCAAACUGAGUGCGUUCGAUAAUCGCUAACGGAAGAUAUCAUACUGAUCAUCGUGAUCAUGUCUGACUACAAUACCGAGAUUUUCAAAGCCAAUCUCAGCGAUAGGAAUGAGAUACCACAACGCAUGUGGACAUAUGAUCCUCACAGCUGUCUGAGGCCAAAUACAGAAUUCGACCUCCCAAUCAUAUGCCAAGUUCACUAUCCCAAUAUAGGACAACGAUUUUCCUCCCAGGGAGUUGAAUUCGACACCUUUCAAAAAUGCUGCCCGAACACAAACUCCCCCCAUCAAAUAAACCAAUGGGUUCAAAUAAACACUUGUGAACUGCUAGUUUGUUUCACAGACAACGAGACGCUGGCAAAGGGCUUCGACCAGUGUAUCUAUGAAACAGCGGAAACCAAGAAGGAAAUGAUAAACAACACGACGAGCAACACCAACGGGUCCUAUUAUGGCGAUCACUCCUUUUAUAGCGGAAGAUGCGAAUGGAUUGAUUUUGACAAUCUCAAGAAAGGAAUCCGCAAUGUUGAAGAUCUCGAUAGUUCCGCUCCAGCAAAAGGGCUAUUACUACGGUUAUUGCUAACGACAACUCUGAUGGCGGUAUUACUGGGACCUGCGAUUGGAUAAGGAACGUCAACACCUGGAAUACUUUUAGCCUGCGUGUAUAGCUUCGCUGGAAUGUCAAUCAUUGAAUUAUGCCAUUAUUUCUCAUAUAAUCUGAGGUUUUUGUGCCAGCAUGGCUAGGUGUGUGUGAGAAUGGCAACCAUGAUGAUACUAUAUGAUAAUUGUUGUUGGACAAAGGCCCUGAAGCGUUUGUGGCUAGGCCGGCGCUAUAUAUCGCGAGUCUCCUUGUCGUAGUUCAAGGAUCGUAACAAGAGUUUAACACGCGUCUGCGCGUAUCUAGCCUUUGCCUGUCGUAUGGUCUUGCCAUGCGUCACGUGAUCAAACACGCUUAGAAAG